AUGACGCCUUUUCAUGCAAUGGGUAUGAUCACGGGUCUCGAGGACGUGCGUGUCUUCUUCAGACAGUUCCGUGAUGAAGCCGCCGCGCGUGUCGCAACUGGGAAAGGGCUACCUCCUAUAUGUCCUACGGGCACCAUCGCGGAUUACACGGCUCAUCGGCUGCCUGAUGUUCACUCCAUAGUUGACCUUGCACACGAACACUACUAUGAGUUGCGUCAUGGUGUCAGAUCGCCCGGCAAGCGUGCACGCAAGGUUUUUGAUCAUCUCGUCAGUCGAUGGCUUCCAUUCCUCGAUUGGACGACGCUGUAUGCCCGUAUCCAGUUUGGCAACGAUCGGUUCAGCGACGUUGUACGGAAGGAAAAGCUCCAGGAUAAAGUCAUCCAUAGGGCGAUGACUACUGCUACAGCCCUGCUGUUCGGUUCAGCUAUUGCAGGGGUCUAUGUGGUUGCGAAACCACAAAUUUUACUUUGGUGA